CUCACCACUUUGAAAUCACAACAGUUUCGUUAGAGAACUUGUCCAGUGAAGAAGACUCUUGGGAAAGGAGGGAGCUUUAUGUCUCUUGCGCGCACUUUGUGGCAACUUUGCACCACAACUUUCGGCCUAGAAGAGACACUUUGACUUUUUGUGAUGGUGAAAUUGCUAUUAGAUCAUUAGGCGUGCUGUUGGACUGUGUAAACAGUGCUUUUGCUAGUGAAUAAAAUGCUAAUAAUUGAAAUUUCACAUUGAAAUGUGAGUAGGAUUAAUAGUUUUUCUUUGAAUUGAUAAUCAGUUUAAGCAAGGAGAAAGCGACUGCUAUUUCGAGAAAUCAAACAUCACACAAUCAGGAUCACAUUGGACAAGCUGUGAAGAAAACUCCGGAUAUCCUUCGUGGAUAUGGAAACUGAUCACAUAAACAACAACAAUAAUGGGCAAUUUGUGAAGAAGCUCACAAAGUCAGCCCUUAGCCAGAGGACAAAGUGGAACUUGAAGUCCACAUCUUUCGCUGAAAGCACAGUGAAUCCGAUAAGAGCCAUUGUCGAGGGUCUCAAGUUCACGCCGAACCCUGAAAAGCAACUCAUACCACUGUCCAUUGGUGACCCGACCACAUUCGGCAACCUCCAGCCAUGCCAUGAGAUCGUGGAGCCGGUGGUGGAGAUGCUGCGACUGAACCAGUGCAACGGCUACGGGCCAUCCACUGGUCGCGUGGAGGCUCGUCAGGCGGUGGCGGAGUACGAGGCGCGCCAAAACAGUGUCGGGCCCCUAACGGCCGAUGACAUUGUUCUUUGCAGCGGCUGCUCCUCUGCCCUCGAGCUGUGCAUCGCCGCACUGGCGGAACAGGGCCAGAAUAUACUCAUUCCGCGACCAGGAUUCUCCAUCUACCAGACUCUGGCACCCGGUUUUGGCGUGUCUCUGCGAAUGUACAAUCUCUUGCCGGACCGUGGCUGGGAGAUUGAUCUACUGCACUUGGAAUCGCUCAUCGAUGAAAACACAGCUGCUGUCGUGGUGCUCAAUCCGAGCAAUCCUUGCGGCAGCAACUUCAGCAAGAGCCAUCUGCAGCAGAUCAUAAAGCUGUGCGAAAAGUAUUAUCUGCCCAUAAUAGCGGAUGAGAUUUACGAACACAUGGUAUUCCCCGGAAAAGUCUUCCACUCCGUGAGCUCACUGUCGAAGAACGUCCCUGUGCUCUCAUGCGGAGGACUCACUAAGCGCUUCCUUGUGCCAGGUUGGCGCAUGGGCUGGAUCACCAUUCACGAUCGCCACAAUCUCUUGAAAGACGUCCGAGUAUCACUCAUGAAACUCAGUGCCAGAAUUCUUGGACCCAACGCCAUCGUUCAAGGUGCUCUGCCGCGGAUCCUGACCGAGACUCCUCAAUCAUUCUUUGACGAAACAGUCGCUAUUCUUCAGAAACACGCCACAAUUGCCUUUGAGAUUCUCAGCGAGGUGAGAGGACUGAAGCCAAUCAUGCCAGAUGGUGCCAUGUACAUGAUGAUAAGCAUUGAUGUGGAAAAUUUCCCGGAAUAUCCGACAGACCUGCACUUUGUCAAGGCUCUUGUGGAGGAUCAGAGUGUCUUCUGUCUGCCUGGACAAUGUUUUGAGUAUCCCAACUACGUGAGAAUCGUCCUAACAGUUCCAGAGGAUUUACUGCGCGAGGCCUGCUUCAGGAUUGCCGAGUUCUGCGACAAACACUUCAAGAUCGACGAGAGAAUCAUCCAGAAUGCAAUAAUCGACACAGUUAAUUGAGAUUCUACUUAUUUACCUGAGAGGGAGACCCAGGAAUAAUGACCAGAAGCAUUGGCUCAUAUAUGGGAAAACUGAAAACUGUGAUUUUCAAGGGUGGUUUCUGACCAUCGCUGGGAUUGUCUCUAAUCUUGAUCGGAAACCAUGGGUUAACCCCAGAAAGAAUGUACAGAAGGAUGCAAUGAUUACUUCCGAAAUAAAAUUUAUUUUCUGGGCAA